UCAUAGCAUCAUUUAGACGUUCGUUUGUACAGUAUAUCGACGCGCAACGCAACGCACCAACAAUCUUUUACUGUCAUAUGGAAUACUGCCGCAAGACAGGAAAAGCUUUCCAACAAUUGUGCAGGGGAUACUGUACCCGUGUGCUAUUAGUCUUAUUCGACUUGAAAAAAAUGAUUACAGUUCGUCCAAGAUUUUCCGUUAUUAAUAUCGGCUACUAUGGCGGCUUUGAUAAAUAUCACUGGGACUGUUUGAGAAGAAGCAGCUUUAUGGAGAAAGAAGGUUACGUUAUUGCCAUAUCGGAGAUCAAAAUGACGAAAGAUCUCAUUGCCAUUGCUAGAAAAGACAUCGAAGGCCAAUGUCAAAUGUUUUACGAACCUUCGUACAAGUCGAAUUACGGAUUGCUGCUACUGGUAGAUAAGGCCUUCGAAGUAAAGAUGUGCGAUAAGAAAUUUGACCCAACAUUAGGCAAAGAAGAAAGCGAAGAAGACAUGUCGGAUGAAGACCCGGUAGAAAAGGAGGAAAGUAAGGCAAGUUCUGGAAGAACGCGAUUUGGAAAAAAGAAAAAGAGAGUGAAAAAAUCGGACGAAAAGGUCAGUUCCGCCGAAGAGGAUACGGGAUCGAAAAAAGACGCUAAAAUCGAAAAAAAGGCAGAGGAAGAGGAUAAACCAGAAGCGUCAGCGGAAGAGGAGGGACGAACCACGGAGCUACUUUUUCAGUAUAUUGCCUUUACCUUGUCAGAUCGAAAGAAUAAAAAGGAUAAGAAGGAUAAGGAAAAGGAUAAGAGGGAUAAGGAAAAGGAUAAGAAGGAUAAGGAAAAGGAUAAGAAGUGGGCCUGUUUUUUUGGAUACCGUGCAAGUAGCGGCUACAGUAAUGGCAAAGCGCGACAGUUUUGUGACCUUUUAAAAUCCUUUUGCAAUUACUACAGCAGCGAUCACCAUAUGGCGAUAUUCGGGGACUUCAACAUUUUACGGAAGGUUUCCGCGGAUGUGCGAAGACGAGGCUGUUUUGAAUAUGAUAACAAGACGUUCGGAAGUGAUAUAGCCAAGAUGGUGUACGACGCGGUCAAGGAUGCUGGCGUGCAAGACACGGUGUUCACACCAACAAAAGUUCUAGGCAGGGAUGCUCCGGAUUACUUUGGCAUGUCUGACCACGAACAUUAUUUUGAUGCCAAAACGCCGGAGCUAAAAUUUCAUGCCUUUGAAGACGAAAUAUCUGAUCAUCGCGUUGUUUGUCAGUUUCCGGUGGAAGAUCCAAAAAAAUUGACCUGCUGCGCGGACAAAUUAUGCGACAAGCUUUUGACAGGGUUUGUAUUUGAAAACGAUGACCUAGUAAAGCACAUAAAUGGCCAUCGGGAUACUGGCGGCUAUAUAACGAUCUGCUCGGAAUGUCUGCAUUAUUAUGACGCUUCAGCAGCACAGCGCCACUACGGGGACCCAAAACGGAUACCCGCCAACGGGCAAGACAGCGGGCACCCAAUUUCUUGGCGCAUUAAGCCAAGCGAAAGGAACGUAUGGCGCUUCGGCCAGAAUCCGUUCCAAAUACGAUGUGGGUUCCGUAGCGAGGACAAAAAAGCCUACUGCAACGAAUGGUUGAAUAAUGCAGCCGAGCGUGAAACACAUCAGCGGCUUCAUCACGGGAAAGGCUCGUGGAUGUUCACCUGUAGAGCAACUAGAGUUGACCACCUACAAUCCACUAAUGUGGGCAGCACUCAAGAUUUGUGUCUCGUUAAAGAUGACAACCGCCGAGAAUUUUCCCAUAAGAAGCAUUUAGAAAUGCACAAUCAGCGCCAUAAUCCCGACGAGCAUCAAGAAGCGACGCCGAAACACCAAUGCGAGAUCUGUUUACUUUUCUUUAAAAGGUUUACUAGCCAUAAGGGGUCAACAGCAUGCCGUUUUAAACACUUGGGAAAUGCUGCACUGGAGUCAAGAGCAACGCAAGAGGAUAUCACGAAAUACUGGCACUGGAAAAAUCCCGAGCUAAAACAGAGAGUUGAUAAGCCGAAAGCUAUACCGGCUGUGAAUGAAGGCGCAAGCACAAGCAAGUCAAAGUAAAACUCACAUUAUGAUUAAUUUUUAUAAUUUUUCUGGGUCUUUUUUCUUAGGAAAUGCAUGUACUGGUACUGUCAGUGUCGAUGCGUGGCCCAGUCGCUGUAAGAUUACCGUUUUUCAACAACCUUUGCACCGUCUUGUAGCGUGAUUCUGCCUCUCUGACUUCCCUUCGUGCUGAUUUCAUUUGUCAUAAUUACAGCAUUUAC